GGUGGGCUUCCUCAAGUUUGAGCCGCCUCGCGAGCCCGGCGAGCCGCGGCAGCCCCCCGGGCUCGACGGGAUGCGAAUCCACCCGGACGACUACCGUUUCGCGCGCAAGAUGUGCCUCGACGCGAUGACCGACGUGGAUGCCGAGGAGGAACCGGAGACGCCCGAGCGGCUCGCCGCCGCCGUCGACGUGGCCAUGCGCGCGCCAAACCUGGCGCAGAUCAUGGACGAGCUGGAGCUGACGGACUACAACGACUACCUGCACAACCAGGAGGGGGAGAAGUACAUGCUGUCCACGCUCACCGACCUGCGGGUGGAGCUGCUGCACCCGUUCCAGGACAAGCGCGGCGACUGGUCCUCCCUCUGGGAGCACGGCCCGCUCGACAAGGAGCGGCUCUUCGAGCUCCUCACCGCCGAGACGCUCAGCACGCUGCAUGGGGACGACUACGACGUGCACGAGAUCUACCCGCCCGGCCACCCGCACGCGGGCGAGCCGCUGCUGCUGCGCGGCGGCACGCUCGCGCAGGCGGCCAUCGUGCGGCCGGACAACCGCGGCCUCAAGGACGGGCAGAUGCAGUUCCACAUCCGGCUGCAGUGCGGCGUCACGGGCACCAUCCAGGAGGAGGACUUCUCCGACCAGAGGCGGCUGCCCCGCCGCGACGGCGCGGGCGGGCCAGAGGUCGUGAUGCCGGUGCGCGAGGGGCAGCUCAUCUCGGUGCGCGUCAAGACGCUCAACUUGGUCGACCACACCUGCACCGCCACGUGCGCCGGCAAGGAGCUGCAGCGCGCCGAGUACAUGACCCUAGCGCAGGAGCGCGCAAAGGCGGCGGCCGAGGAGGCGGCCAAGCGGAGCGGGGGGCGCGUGCGCGCCUUCUUGGCGGCGAUGCCGGUCGGCGAGACCGUGUUUCGCCCCUCGUCGCGCGCGGACCACCUCACCGCCACAGUCAAGCUGACGGCGCACGGGCCGCUGCUGCACGUCGACAUCCUCGAGAAGGACAAGCCGUCGCCCGCGGAGCUCGGCGCGUCCCUGUGGAUCGGCCGCGGCGAGAUUGCCCGAGAUUGCGCGCGAGGCGCGUCGCUGUGGAUCGGCCGCGUCGAGAGCGACGCGAGCAAGCAGGGCGACCGCUUCGACGACCUCGACGAGAUCCUGUACCGCUACGUCGAGCCGCUCGUGGAGAACAUGCGCGAGGUGACGGGGCACCGCAAGUUCGCGCCGGAGCUCUCCGCCGAGGCGGUGGUCGAGCGGCUGAACCGCGAGAAGGCAAACUCGGACAUGAUCGCGUACGCGCUCGCGCUGUACGAGAAGGACGCGACGACGGUGGUGAUCUACGUGGUGCGGGCCGAGGGGCGGAAGCACCGCGAGGCGAUCAAGGUGUCGCCGGCGGGGUUCGUGUACCGCGACGUCGCCUUCAACACGCUCGAGGAGGCGAUCAAGCACUUCAAGGUGGAGGCCUUCAAGCCGCGGCAGAGGCCCGCAGCGACUCACACCUCUGGCGGUGUUGGCUCCCAAGCAGCAGCCAAGAUGAAGGAGGCUGGAGAUAUUGGUCUCGCUGAGCGCUGA